AACGGCAGAAACGUUCUAGCACGCAAGGUUCAUAGCGGAAGUCCUGUGUAGUUCCGUGAAGAAGAAGCACGCAGUUUCGGAGAAAACAUACCGCAUUCGCAACGGUUUAUGACAAAGAACGCAGAAAUGUCUACAGAAACAGCUGUCCCACCAUCUGCCGUCUGGGCUCAAAGGUACGAUACCAUCUUCCUGACGUUGAACAUCGAGUGCAGUGAACCGAAAUACGAAUUCACCGAAAAUACGAUGGUCUUCAGCGGUGUCGGCAUGCCGGAAGGUAAAAAGUACGAACUCAACAUUGAGUUUUACAACAAAAUCAACCCGGAGAAGGUGUUCGCGAAAAACAUCAAACGUUGCAUCGAGUUCGUGAUCGCCAAAGCGGAUCCCCAGGAGACGUACUGGCCGCGUCUGCUAAAGGAGAAAACAAAGCCCCACUGGUUGAAGGUAGAUUUUAACCGAUGGGAAGACGAAGGUUCUAACGAUGAAGAAAAUGAUAAAAUGGACCUGAUGGAAAUGCUGAGCGCCAACCAGAACAGCGAUAAACUGUCCUUUGACGAUCUCGGCGAGGAUCAGGAAGAUUCAGACGACGAGAGCAUUCCAGGCCUGACGGACUCCUAAGCGCGCACACUGGUGCCGGUUGCCGACCGCCCUAACGUAGCUGCUGAUCGCGAUGUUUGAAAUCCGUGUUUAUUUAAAAUAAAGCCAUGUAUGCAGCGUCGUCAUCGUCGUCGUCGUAA